GCGCAGGGCGGCCGGGCGGCUGCUAUAAGAGCGCCGCGGGGACGGCCUCCCCCGGUGUAUGUCUCCGGCUGCCGCCUCUGCUCCUCGGCUCCCCGCCCGCAGCGCCUGCCUGCCCGCGCACCCCGUCCCCGGCGCGGCGAUGCGGCUGGACCGGCAUCGCGGAGAGCCGAGCCCCUCGGCCGGCAGGCGCGGCGCGGAGCGGAGCGGAGUCCCGCGCUGCUGGGCGCUGCUGCUGCUGCUCGCCCUUGGCUGCCUGCGCGCCGCCGCCGACGGUGCAAGAACAAAAUGUGAAGAAUCCCAGUUUGCAUGUGGUAAUGGACGCUGUAUUCCUCAAAUCUGGAAAUGUGAUGGUGAUGAAGACUGUUCAGAUGGCAGUGAUGAGAGUGCUUGUGUGAAGAAGACGUGUGCCGAAUCUGACUUUGUGUGCCUCAGUGGUCAAUGUGUGCCUAACAGGUGGCAGUGUGACGGGGAUCCCGACUGUGAGGAUGGGUCUGAUGAGAGUUCCGAGCUGUGCCACACAAGAACAUGCCGGGUAAAUGAAAUCAGCUGUGGUCCUCAGUCAACUCAGUGUAUCCCAGUGUCCUGGAAAUGUGAUGGUGAAAAAGACUGUGACAGUGAAGAAGAUGAACAGAAUUGUGGCAAUGUGACUUGCAGUCCAGCAGACUUCACAUGCAGCAGUGGGCAAUGUAUUUCCAAGAGCUUUGUCUGCAAUGGUCAAGAUGACUGCAGUGAUGGGAGUGAUGAGCUGGAGUGUGCACCUCCUACCUGUGGAGUUCAUGAGUUCCAGUGCAAGAGCUCGACUUGCAUUCCCCUCAGCUGGGUGUGUGAUGAUGAUGCUGACUGCUCUGACCGCUCAGAUGAGUCUCUAGAGCAAUGUGGCCGCCAGCCUGCACCUUCUGUGAAGUGCUCUGCCAGUGAGGUGCAGUGUGGCUCAGGUGAAUGUAUCCACAAAAAGUGGCGCUGUGAUGGAGAUCCUGACUGCAAGGAUGGAAGUGAUGAAAUCAACUGCCCUUCUCGGACCUGCAGACCAGACCAAUUCAGAUGUGAAGAUGGGAACUGCAUCCAUGGGACUAGGCAGUGCAAUGGUGUGAGAGAUUGUCUGGAUGGCACAGAUGAAGCAAAUUGUAACAAUGUUAUUCAGUGCUCUGGACCUGGCAAAUUCAAGUGCAAGAGUGGAGAAUGCAUAGAUAUCAAUAAAGUGUGUAACCAGCAGAGAGACUGCAAGGACUGGAGUGAUGAGCCCCUCAAGGAGUGUAACAUCAAUGAAUGUCUGGUGAACAAUGGCGGAUGCUCUCAUAUCUGCAGAGAUCUCAUUAUUGGCUAUGAAUGUGACUGUCCAGCUGGGUUUGAGCUUCUGGACAGGAGAACCUGUGGAGAUAUUGAUGAAUGUCAGAACCCUGGUAUAUGUAGUCAGAUCUGUAUCAACCUGAAAGGGGGCUACAAAUGUGAAUGUAGCCGUGGCUAUCAGAUGGAUCUUGCUACUGGGGUGUGCAAGGCAGUUGGGAAAGAACCAAGUCUAAUUUUCACCAACCGCCGGGACAUAAGGAAGAUUGGCCUUGAGAGAAAAGAAUAUAUUCAGCUUGUAGAGCAGCUAAGAAACUCUAUAGCUCUAGAUGCUGAUAUUGCUGAGCAAAAACUUUACUGGGCAGACUUCAGCCAGAAAGCAAUCUUCAGUGCCUCUAUUGAUACCCGUGAUAAAGUUGGGACACACAUCAGAAUCCUGGACAACAUACACAGCCCUGCAGGAAUUGCCGUUGACUGGGUUUAUAAGAACAUCUACUGGUCAGACUCAGCUGCAAAGACCAUUUCAGUGGCUAGCCUAGAUGGCACAAAAAGAAAGGUUUUGUUUCUCUCUGAGCUGAGAGAGCCAGCUUCUAUUGCUGUAGAUCCUAUUUCUGGCUUUAUGUACUGGUCAGACUGGGGUGAGCCAGCAAAAAUUGAAAAAGCAGGAAUGAAUGGAUUUGACAGACAGCAGCUUGUGACAACAGAAAUCCAAUGGCCUAAUGGAAUUGCUCUAGAUCUUGUAAAAAGCCGCCUGUACUGGCUUGAUUCCAAACUACACAUGGUGUCAAGUGUGGACUUAAAUGGCCAGGAUCGUAGAAUUGUGCUGAAGUCACAUAUGUUCCUUCCUCAUCCUCUUGCUCUAACCAUUUUUGAGGACCGUGUGUACUGGAUUGACGGAGAGAAUGAGGCAGUCUAUGGUGCCAACAAAUUUACUGGAACAGAUUUGGUUACCCUUGUGAACAACCUCAAUGAUGCACAGGACAUCAUUGUGUAUCAUGAACUUGUUCAGCCUUCAGGUAGGAACUGGUGUGAAGAGCACAUGGCAAAUGGAGGUUGUAGGUACCUGUGCCUGCCUGCUCCUCAGAUAAAUGAACAUUCUCCAAAGUACACCUGUGCAUGUCCAGCUGGGUACUUCUUACAGGAGGAUGGUCUGAGAUGUACAGCGUUCAACACUAGUGGUACAACCUCUGAAGUAACUGCAGCUGGAAGAACAUCAGCAGCUUGGAUCAUUCUUCCUGCUGUAUUGCUGAUGAUGGCUGCAGUAGCUGGCUACUUCAUGUGGCGUAACUGGCAGCACAAGAACAUGAAAAGCAUGAAUUUUGAUAAUCCAGUUUACCUGAAAACCACAGAAGAGGACCUCACAAUUGAUAUUGGAAGACACAGUGGUUCAGUAGGACAUACCUACCCUGCAAUAUCUGUUGUCAGCACAGAUGAUGAUAUGGCGUGAGCAGUGGAUCAGCAAUCACUUUCAGUUUACUUGUGUCUUACACUCUUUGGGGAUAGUAACCAGGUUUGUGGCUGAAGGACUUCCUCCAUUCUUGGAAGAAAGAAGAUACUUUCUGUAUUUAUGGAACACUUGUGUAAAUAGUUAUUUUCUACAGCUUAACAACUCUGUAAAUACCUGUCCACAACAAUUCAGCUGUUAGUGGUUACAGUUUUAUCAGUAACCCUUGGGUUGGUUGGUCAGUAACAUCACUGACCAAAUAUAAAGCACUUUCCAUAGAAAGCCAUAUUCCAGCCACAACUUGUAACACCUGUACAUAUGUCUAUAGGCCACUUGUAAAUAAUUAUUGGAAAAUCACUAUCAAGCACUUUGAAAUACUUCAGAUGUAAAUUAUUGUACACUCUCUUUUUCAAUGAUUGGGGCAAUGGCAAUAGGAUAAAACGGGUUAUUAUGAUUGCCAAAAAUUUGUAAACAUAAGUAAUUUUAUAUGUACAAUUGCUUCAAUCUUGUCUGUUACCUCCUAGAGGUCUACAAGAAUGAAUGAUCUUUAAGAAACCACUGUAAAACUCAAAUGCAGCCAAGGGGAUAAAAAUAAAAUGAGUCAAGCAGUUAAA